AGGACGUCCAUGUGGCUCAGUGGUCUGAAGCAGCUUGCCAACAGACUAUAGUCAUAUAGUGUACUUACAUUCCCACAAUGCAACAGGAGGCAGGUGUCCCACAACAUACUGGAUACAUCGGAAACAUCGGCAAUAUCAGUGGUAGCAACAACCCUACUGUUGUUGGUUCAAGUGCAGUUAAUAUCAAUUACAACUUCCCAAUGGCGGGACCAGGAAUGGGUGCACCCGGACCUCAGCAAAAUCAGCUGGCAGCAGACCAACAAGCAAGAGGUGAGGAUCCCUACCAAGAAGCUGAACAAGCUUUAGAUGACAAAACUCUGAACGAGGUCGCUAAGAUGCUUGGUCCUAAUUGGACAACACUGGCAUUUCAGCUGGACUUUACGAUGGUACAGGUUCAGACUAUUGAGAAAAAUUUCCCAGGCGAUAUCACAAGGCAAGGUCUUCAUAUGCUUGUAACAUGGAGGAAUGCCCAGUCCACCAGUGUUGAACAGCAGAGGACCACGUUGUGCAACGCACUGAAGAAGGACGGAAGAGCAAAUGUUGCCAAAUUUCUGCAGGGUUAAUACAGGCACCACAGCAAAAGCAAAUCAGAAAUUUGAUACUGGGCGGUGGCUGGCUUCCACGUGGUCAACGUCCCCCUUGCAUCCAACCUGUGAAUCCCGCCAAGUCUACUAUUCCCGACAAGUUCCAGCAGUCUACAAUUCUGACAUUCCAUCGAGGUGACCAAUGAAGCAAGGCCAGGCCCAACCAAGCCCAGCCCAAAACUCCCAUCAAAAUGGCAGCUGUAGUACUAGUUUUUCAUGAAUUUUGUUAUAGUACUUAAUCAUUUUUUACUAUAAUCAAGUGUGGCAUUUUCAUUAUGGAUUCUCUGUUUUUGUGAGAGUACUGGUAUUUGAUGUACAGCUUGUAAUUUUUGUUCAUAAUUUAACCGUAAAAGAGUAGAAUCUCACUGGUUUAGCAAACCCGAACAAAGGCAUAAACUUAAAUUUUAUUUUGUCGGCAUGUGCUCAUUAUUGACUCACCCAUGACAUAAUUACCUGAUGUGUGGUUUACCCUAUAUUUUUCUCUGCAUUUGUGUGUGAUUGUUCACAAAGACUGCCUUUUUCCAUUCAAACGCCCUUUUUUCAACGGGCUUAUCCCCGAAAAAAAUUGUAAAAAGUGCCCUUUUCAAAAAGAAGUGGUGCCCUUUUGUUGUGGCAUUUGGGUGUCUUUUUGAGAAUUUCGCACAUGUAUCACCCUGAAAAGCACUAUAUAUUGGCCCUUUGUGUGCAUAAUUGUCGGUUUUGAACAGCGCCCUCAUCGACAGGUACCAGCCCCCCCCCCCCCCUUUUUGAUUUGUCCGGAGAAAAAAACCUGUUUGUCCGAAGAAAAAACCUGUCUACAUUUCACAACGGAUGUGCAAGUGCCCUUUUCAAAAAGUUUUACCCCCCCCCCAAUAAAAAUGACCAUGCUACGCCCCUGCACACUGUUCAACAAGAAAUAGCGAAGCCCACAAAUUCUAUUUGAAAUUGUUCAUAUUCCAUAUUGCCGAUGAUUGCCAUGUACUGAAAUGUCUAUCCUUGUGGAGAUAUCUCUUUGUCCUUGUGUACCAACAUUUUACAGUGUGAAAAUCUAGUUUAAAAUUAAACUUAAAAUCAAUUAGAAUUAAUUUCCUAAACUGCAAUUCGGACCAAAUAUGCCUUUCAUACAUAAUAUUUGUAUGUAUAAACGCACCUUGAAAAUUCCUAUUUUUAGUCAAACCCAAUAAAAAUGUGUAAAUAAAAUCACACUCUUUUUACGUAACAUU